UGUGUCCUGCUGCAGGUGGGGGCUGACGGGCUGCUGAAGCUCAGCGGCUCCGCGCUCAACAACGAGUUCUUCACCUCGGCCGCCCAGGGCUGGAAGGAGCGGCUGGCAGAAGGCGAGUUCACCCCCGAGAUGCAGCUCCGGAUCCGGCAGGAAAUCGAAAAGGAGAAGAAGGUGGAGCUGUGGAAGGAGCACUUCUUCGAGAGCUACUACGGCCAGAGUUCUGGGCUGAGCCCCGAGGAGUCGGAGCGGCUGACGGCGCAUCCCGAGGCAGAGCCCGCCCAGCCCCGGAGCAGCCCGGCAGCUCCACGCCGGGAGCACGGCCCCUCUGCCCCCGAGGCCAAGGCACAGCCAGCCCAGGAAGCACCAGCAGCGAAAAAAGGAGCAGAGGAAGGAAGAGAGGAGGCACCAAAGCCGGCCAAGCCCCCCGAGGCCUCGGCGAAGCCCGGCGACCGUUCUGUCCCCGUCAGAGAGAGAGUCCAAGGAGAAUCCGUGCAGGAGAGACCCCAAAGUGCCGCCAGGCAGAAGCCAGAGGAAGAGAGGAAGCUCAGUGCAGCCAAGGAGGUGCCAGGGAACGAGGCUGUGGGUGCCCCCAGCAAACCAAAGAGCCCCGGGGCAGGGGAGGCAGCAGCCAAGGGGCAGAGCCCGGCGGGGGCUCCGGCCCCGCCUGAGGAGAAGCCCCCCGUGAGUGAGGACAUGGAGGUCAGCGUGGAGCCCCACAAGAGGAAGGCAGAGAGCCCCGAGGAAGCUCCAGCCACCCCUGAGAAGAAGCCCCGGGUGGUGGAGCCCUGCAGGCACCACCAGGCCUUUCGGGGCCAGCCCCAGCCCUUUCCUGGCGCCGGGACCCCCGUGCCACGAGUGCCCCCCCUCAAGAUCCCCGUCUCCAGGAUCUCCCCGAUGCCAUUUCCUGCGGGCCAGGUCUCUCCCAGGGCACGUUUCCCCCUCUCCCUCGCCAGUCCGGGCAGGACAGGGGCCAGGACCUUGGCCGACAUCAAGGCGAGAGCCCAGCAGGCCAAGGCUCAGAGGGCAGCGGCCGCCGCCGCCGCCGCCAGCGCCGCCGCCGCCGCCUCGGCCGGGGGGGCCGUGCCGGGGCCCGGCCCGGGCGGGGGGAACACCCAAACUGGAACGGCGGGAAACCCACUGGAACUGGCAGGAACUGGAGGCGGGGGAGGUUCGAGAAGGUUUCUUCCCCGUUCCCAGCUGGAGAGCCCGGCGGCGGAGCAGGGAGCUCCUGGCCAUCCUCCUGGAGCACAACUACAGCCAAGGGCCCCCGGGCCCGGCUCCUCCUUCUCUGCAGCCCCGGCAGUGACGGUGACCCCGGGGACGGGAUCCCCUUGCGCUGGGAGUGGGGACAGAGCAGGGAUGGCCCCCUGUGCCCGCGGGGCUCCGGCGCUCGGGGACGGGCCCGGCUGCGGCACCAGCACGGGAGCACCCACGGCCUCGGGAGGGACCAGCUCUGAGGAUUCCAAAAGCAAACCCCCUUCCCCUCUGGUGUCCUCACUUCCACCCACAGGCCCCGAGGCCCAGGCUGGAGCCGUGGGCGCCGCUGCCCCCGUCCCGCCCUGCGGCGCUUCCUCGGCAGCCCCCGGCCUUAAAACCCCCCCCAGAGCCAGCUCCAGUAUUCCUGCCAACAACCCUUUGGUCACCCAGCUGCUUCAAGGCAAGAGCGUCCCCCUGGAGCAGAUCCUGCCGAAGCCGCUCACCAAGGCAGAGGUGAGAGCGGUGCCCGUGGCCCCUCGGGAAGAGAAAGGGGCGGUGGCUCCUCCCGCCGCUCCCGGGAACGGUGCCGGGGCCGAGGCGGGCGACAGACCAUCGGGUUUGCCCUCACAGCAGCUGGGGAAGGUCUUCUGCCAGAACAGGCCUCUGCCUCACAUUCCAAGGACCUUCCCGCUGCCCUCGGGAAAGGAGCCCGGCCCUGAGCAGCAGCAGAGCCACGAGGCGCUGAGCAAGGCGACCCAGGAGCAGAUCCUCCAGACCCUCAUCAAGAGGGUGCAGAGGCAGAACUCGUUGCCCGUCCUUCAGCCCUCGCAGCUGAACCCCCCACACUCAGGUUUCCCGGCGGAAAGCAGCUCCACCAGCCAGAGGUUCAUGCUGGGCUUCACGGGCAGGAGGACGUCCAGGCCUGCCAUGUCCGGUCAUUACCUGCUCAACGUCUCCACCUACGGCCGCGGCUCGGAGAGUUUGAGGAGAGGCUUCUCCUUGAACCCCGAGCUCCGCCUGGGGCUGAGCAGUCCCGCCGAGGGUCCCAGGGCAGAGUUUGGGGAGUGCGAGGAGGGGCCCGGCCGGGGCAGCAGCAGCAGCAGCGAGGAGGACGCGGACGACGAGAGCACCGGCGACGAACGGGAGCACUUGGGCGUCAAGGAGGAGUCUGGUCAGCGUGAGAGAGAGCGGGGGUCUCACAGCACCAGCCCCGCGGAUCCCGGCUCCCUGAGGGUGAGGGCUGGGAAGGCCGAGGCCGGCGCUGGCACCAAGGAGAACCCUCCGGCGCUGGACGGCACCGCGCUGGCCCGAGACCUGCUGCAGGCGGCGCAGGAGCAGAUGGCCCACGCCAUG